UUUACCAUCCGGCACCGAAUGUUCUUAUAUAAAAUGAAAUGGGAUUCCAUUUUCUCGGACAAAUCUUGAGCCCCCUCCCCCAUAGAAUAAUUUUCUCAAAUCCUCUAUCUCCUCUAUCUCUUUGGUUAGUUAACAUGUUGAAUAAUCAAGAUUUAAUGGGACUGGAAUGGACAAACGAUGUCGAAUCACUUGCUUUGAAAGAUCAAGAUAUAUCAGUAAGAGCAAGAAGUGGUGAAGAUCGUAUAACCAACGGCUUAAAAUGGAGCGACGACUACUUUUAUUAUGAUCAAGCAGAUUUUCAUCUUCAAAUUGUUCCAGAGAUUCGUAAAGAAGAAGAAAACUCCAAGAAAGAUUUGACGUUGGUUGUCCCUGAUGAACAUUCUGAAACCGGUGAUCAUCAUCUUCAUAUCAAGGAUUAUUCAGAUAGUUCAUAUAAUCGACGUUUUUUGAGAAACAAGCAUGCGAAGCCGAAACGGCGUCGUGUUCAGAUUUUAAGUGAUGAUGAGUCAGGGGAUUUUUCAAGAAAGGUUCCUUUAGUGAUAAGAAAAAGUUCAAAGAGAAGAAUAAGAGAUGAUAUGAUGAGUAACAAGAUGCGUACUCUGCAGCAGCUUGUUCCUAACUGUCACAAGACGGAUAAGGUUUCGGUUCUCGACAAGACCAUUGAGUAUAUGAAAAAUCUUCAACUUCAACUCCAGGUGAUGUCAAUAAUGGGAAUGAAUCCAUAUAUUCCUCAGGCGACAUUAAACUUUGGAAUGCACAACCACCUUUUGAGGGCGAUGGUUAUUGCUCACGGCCUAAACCCGGCCAAACAAACAACCCUUUCACCGUUAAUCGCGGGGUCAAAUUGGCCGUCGCCACCGUUUAGUCAUCUUUCAUUCCCACACUCAUCUAACCAAUCUCUCUUUCCUACACCAGCUUCUUCUCCUCAAUGUCUUUGUGGUUUGGUUCCUUGUUUCCCAAGUGAUUUUUUCUUCUAAUACGAUGGGAGGUAGACUAUGAUAUAUGUAAGUUGGAGAAAAGUUUGUAUGAAAUGCUCAUUGAUUAAAGAUAAAAUAUACGUAAAUAAAUAUCGCGUCGUUUAAAAUAA